CCGCUCCCCCUUCUAGCUUAAGUCACAGGCGCUCCACUAUCGGACCUCUGGGUUCUAAUCACCAUGGCAACCAUCACCUCCCUGCGUUCCAUCUGCUGCAUUGUGAGAGCCCAUGCUCGGGCAUUCCACGCUACACCCAGCCGGAAUGAAGCCGUUAUCAUAUCAGGAAGGAAGCUGGCCAGGCAGAUACGGAUGGAGGCUCGGCAUGAAGUUGAGCAGUGGGUGGCUGCCGGCAACAAAAGACCACACCUGAGUGUAGUACUUGUUGGAGACAAUCCUGCCAGUCAUUCCUAUGUUCUGAACAAGACCAAAGCUGCUGCCGAUGUGGGGAUCAGCAGUGAAACAAUCCUCAAACCAACCUCCAUCACAGAAGAGGAGAUGCUUGACCUGAUCAGCAAAUUAAACCAUGACGACAAGGUGGAUGGUCUUCUGGUCCAACUUCCCCUCCCAGAGCAUAUUGAUGAGAGAACAGUCUGUAAUGCUGUUAUCCCAGAUAAAGAUGUGGAUGGCUUCCAUGUAGUAAAUGUUGGCAAGAUGUGUCUGGACCAGUAUUCAAUGCUACCGGCUACCCCCUGGGGCGUAUGGGAGAUCAUAAAAAGAACUGGAAUCCCCACUCUGGGCAAAAAUGUGGUGGUAGCUGGGCGAUCCAAAAAUGUGGGGAUGCCCAUCGCUAUGCUGCUCCAUACAGAUGGCAGACACGAGCGUCCUGGAGGUGAUGCCACAGUAACCAUCUCUCACCGGUACACCCCUAAAGAACAACUGAAAAUGCACACUAAGCUAGCUGAUAUUGUGGUUGCUGCUGCAGGAAUCCCCAAUCUUAUUACAGCUGAUAUGAUUAAGGAGGGUGCUGCUGUUAUUGAUGUUGGAAUAAACAGAGUGCAGGACCCUGUGACCGGAAAACCUAAACUUGUUGGAGAUGUUGAUUUUGAAGGUGUAAGGAAGAAAGCCAGUUACAUCACACCAGUCCCAGGAGGAGUUGGUCCCAUGACUGUUGCCAUGCUGAUGAAGAAUACAAUCAUUGCCGCCAAACGAAUGCUAAAACAUGCAGAGCUUCAAGCUGUUGCCAUGUAACAUCCGCCCCCUCUUACAACUGACUUUACAUUCCGAAUCCAUACAAAGAACAGGCCGAAGUUGAAAAUGCAAUAUUUAUAUUUAUUGUAGUGAAGCUGUGCUCCGACGGUGAAUUUAUUUAUUCUGAGCAGUCGUCUCGCUCGGUGUGCAGAGCAAGGAAAUAAUUGACUUUUUGGAGUCAUUUCCUCUGCAUGAAAUGUAAAGUCCUCACAUGUGCUAUUUAAAGUGACUGUAACUAGUUACUGGUGCAUGAUUUAAGCCAAAGUUGAUGCAAUUGUGCAUCUAGGAAGUUGAUAGUUUAUUAGGCCUAUGCUGGAGGGCUAUGCAAUGAGCCAGAGUUCUCACUCAACCAGAGAAGGAUUAUUCUGUUACAGAAAGGAGUCCUAUGGGGAAUGGACAUUUUAACUUGUUGAAUGCAUGCAGGGUUUUCAUACCAGGAUUUUUUUUUCUUAGGAUUUUUUUUAAACUGGGACCCUGUUGACAUGUUUUAUAAACUGCAGGUCUCUGAUAAUGGGUUAAAAUGGUCAAUCGUUCAUACAUUAAUUUACUUGAAGUAUAUUGGUCAUAAUAACUUCAUUCUAAUAGUGGCGCCUUAAUUAUUGUGUAUGUAUCACCCAGAGGGUCAAGCCUCUAGAAUGUGACAGAUUCUUUAGAAUAACUGAAGAGAAUGUAAGUGUAACUGAUAUGCGUGACCAGUGAUAGCAGCAGGUAGACAUAUCUAAUAGUUAAGUGAUGGCUAACCUUUUCUGCUGUAGCAGCAUGAACUACAUCCUCCAUGAUGCCCAGCCUGUGGUAUGCCAUUAUUAUAGCUUAUGGAGCAUAUCCUAGACCCUGUGCCUGACUGCAUUAAAUGCUGUACUUGCACGGAAGACCAUCUGGAUAUAAAAAUGUUAAUAUUCAGUUGCUAAUGCUCAUAUGUGAGCACCUGGGUUUAUUUUAAUAACCCAUCUGAGUAACAUACCUAUUUUUACAUGUUUUUAUGAUUUUGUGUGAAAUGCAACAAACGGCAAAUGUUUUUUAUCUACAUCAGCAUCUGAUAAUGGGUUUACCAAUGCUGUGGAUACAGAUUUAAUAUUUCAUGCUGAUCUCGAAAGGAAUUAUGAAAUGAUUGCCUGCUCUAUCAUUUGUGCAAUGACAUGUGAAUGAGAUAGGUGUCAUUAUUACAUCAAUUAAAUUCUUAAUUCCUUA